AUGGAAAAACCUUCACUUAUAAAAUUUUUAGAAUUCCGUUUACGUGAAGGCAAUUUGAGUGAUUCGAAAACAGAGCACCACCGUUACAGUGAAGAACUAGAUACUAUUACAGAAUACUUAUCUGAUUCAUGUGAGAUUGUGGAGCAAGUAAACAAAUGGAAAAUUUCAUUUAAGAACUGCAUUUCUGUUGGUGAGCAUGAUAUUAGUGGGCCAGUGACAACAACUCACAAACUACCUUGCCAAAUGCUGUUUGACAAAUUGCACGAAGUUAUUCAAAGCAAGAACAGGUUUUAUAAAGAAAAAUCACGUCUACAACAAAAAGACAAACUAAAUGAUCUGAAAGAUCAAAUCAGUGUUGAACAG